AUGCGUGAGAUUAUCAGCUUGAACGUCGGCCAGGCUGGUUGCCAGAUCGCCAACUCCUGCUGGGAGCUUUACUGCCUUGAACACGGCAUUCAGCCCGAUGGCUACCUCACUGAGGAGCGCAAGGCCGCCGACCCUGAUCAGGGUUUCAGCACUUUCUUCUCUGAGACUGCCGCAGGUAACGGCAAAUAUGUGCCGCGAACCAUCUACUGCGAUCUCGAGCCCAACGUCGUCGACGAGGUCCGCACCGGCGCCUACCGCGGCCUUUUCCACCCGGAGCACAUGAUUACUGGCAAGGAGGAUGCGUCCAACAACUACGCCCGUGGCCACUAUACGGUCGGCAAGGAGCUGAUCGAUCAGGUCCUGGACAAGGUUCGCCGCGUCGCCGACAACUGCAGUGGUCUUCAGGGCUUCCUCGUCUUCCACUCGUUCGGUGGCGGCACUGGUUCCGGUUUCGGUGCUCUGCUCAUGGAGCGCCUCUCGGUGGACUACGGCAAGAAGAGCAAGCUCGAGUUCUGCGUCUACCCCGCUCCUCAGACCGCCACCUCGGUCGUGGAGCCGUACAACUCGAUCCUGACCACCCACACCACUCUCGAGCACGCCGACUGCUCCUUCAUGGUCGACAACGAGGCCAUCUACGACAUCUGCCGCCGUAACCUGGGUCUCGAGCGCCCCAACUUCGAGAACCUCAACCGCCUGAUCGCUCAGGUCGUUUCCUCCAUCACCGCUUCGCUCCGCUUCGACGGCUCGCUCAACGUCGACCUGAACGAGUUCCAGACCAACCUGGUCCCCUACCCGCGUAUCCACUUCCCCCUCGUUGCCUACGCGCCCGUCGUCUCGGCCGCCAAGGCCGCCCACGAGGCCAACUCGGUCCAGGAGAUGACCAUGUCUUGCUUCGAGCCCAACAACCAGAUGGUGAAGUGCGACCCCCGUCACGGCAAGUACAUGGCCACCUGCCUGCUGUACCGUGGCGAUGUCGUCCCCAAGGAUGCCCACAGCGCCGUCGCCACCCUCAAGACCAAGCGGACCAUCCAGUUCGUCGACUGGUGCCCGACUGGCUUCAAGCUUGGUAUCUGCUACCAGCCCCCGCACCAGGUGCCCAACGGCGACCUCGCCAAGGCCAACCGCGCUGUGUGCAUGCUCUCCAACACCACCGCCAUUGCCGAGGCCUGGUCUGCCCUGUCGAGCAAGUUCGACCUCAUGUACUCGAAGCGCGCUUUCGUGCACUGGUACGUCGGCGAGGGUAUGGAGGAAGGCGAGUUCUCGGAGGCUCGCGAGGAUCUUGCGGCUCUGGAGCGCGACUACGAGGAGGUUGCUACCGACUCCAUGGGCGAGGAGGAGCUGGAGGCUGAGUACUAA